ACAAUGCAGCUUCUAAAUGCAAUAGACGAGAGAGCGAGAGAGGAGUAUAGAUAAAAAUGGGAGGGUGGGCUAUAGCCGUGCAUGGAGGAGCUGGUGUAGACCCGAAUCUCCCUCCUGAGCGGCAAGAACAAGCCAAACAACUCCUCAAUCGCUGCCUAAAUCUGGGCAUCUCUGCUCUUCGCUCCAAUUUCUCUGCCAUUGAUGUCGUUGAACUUGUGGUGAGAGAGUUGGAAACUGAUCCUCUGUUCAAUUCUGGCCGUGGAUCAGCUCUCACGACAAAAGGCACGGUGGAGAUGGAGGCCAGCAUUAUGGAUGGGCCUAAGAGAAGAUGCGGUGCCGUAUCGGGAUUAACAACUGUCAAGAACCCGAUUUCUCUUGCUCGUCUCGUCAUGGAAAAAUCGCCCCAUUCGUAUAUUGCCUUUUCUGGUGCCGAGGAGUUCGCAAAAGAACAGGGCGUUGAAUUGGUGGAGAACGAAUACUUCGUAACAGAGGAAAACUUGGGAAUGCUAAAAUUAGCUAAGGAAGCCAACACCAUCUUGUUUGAUUAUAGAAUCCCAACAGUGGGACUGGAAAGCUGCAGUGUGGGCGCAGCAGCCAUGGAUAACCCCUUGCUAAUGAACGGGCUCCCAAUUAGAGUAUACGCACCGGAAACAGUUGGCUGCGUGGUGGUGGACCGGGAAGGACGAUGCGCUGCAGCCACGUCAACUGGCGGGUUGAUGAAUAAAAUGAGUGGGAGAAUCGGUGACUCACCACUCAUUGGUGCUGGGACGUAUGCAUGUGAGUUGUGUGGAGUGUCAUGCACUGGAGAAGGGGAGGCCAUCAUACGUGGGACCCUGGCUCGUGACGUGGCGGCCGUGAUGGAAUAUAAAGGUCUGGAGCUGCAAGAGGCGGUGGAUUUUGUGAUAAAAGAAAGGCUUGAUGAAGGAAAAGCUGGAUUGAUUGCGGUGUCUAAUAAAGGUGAAGUUGCAUUUGGGUUUAACUGCAAUGGAAUGUUCAGAGGCUGUGCAACUGAGGAUGGAUUCAUGGAGGUUGCUAUAUGGUAGUUUACUCAACACUUCUACUGUAUCUUUACCUUUGGUGUACCUCUGGUGUGGUCAUAUAUCAUGCGGCUCUAUGCAAUUUUCGCUGAUAAAAAUGGACUAUUUGGUAUCAACCAUACUGUAAUAGUUCAUUUUAAAGGUGUUAAUAAUGCUCAGUCUUAAUUUUCUUCUACUCAUUUUGAUUGCGGCUAGUGUUGAUGAAAAUUCGGCUCCUUCUCUACGAAUCAAAUUCCUAUACGGCUCCUUCUUGCAGAAUAUUCCAAAGUAAAUGGAAUCUUUCAACUAUUAAAAAAAGAAUGGAAUUUCUAUUUUAGAAUGAGACAGCCAUAUAAUACCAUAUUUGUUUCCAUUUCA